AUGGAGUUGCUGGUCAUCAAGGGAGCGGAGGUGGAGGAGGUGGUGACUCAGGGACGAACCAUCAACCCUCAACUGUCAGGACUCAUUAGCUGCGGUAGAGAUGCCGUGAGAGGGGAUGGAGUUGCUGGUCAUCAAGGGAGCGGAGGUGGAGGAGGUGGUGACUCAGGGACGAACCAUCAACCCCCAACUAGCUGCGGUAGAGAUGCCGUGAGAGGGGAUGGAGUUGCUGGUCAUCAAGGGAGCGGAGGUGGAGGAGGUGGUGACUCAGGGACGAACCAUCAACCCCCAACUAGCUGCGGUAGAGAUGCCGUGAGAGGGGAUGGAGUUGCUGGUCAUCAAGGGAGCGGAGGUGGAGAAGGUGGUGACUCAGGGACGAACCAUCAACCCUCAACUGUCAGGACUCAUUGUAUAGAUGUGCUGAUGGUGUUGUAUUAUGUUACAGAGCUGCGGUAG